AAAUUUCAGAGUUUAUCCAAAAUUCUACAAAAGUCCACUAUUCAAUGAAGAUGAACAACAACAAAUAUUAACAACAACAACAAAUGCCUUAGAUUACAGCAUUCCAAGUAGUGAAUUACACUCUCCUAAUAAUGAUGAACAACAAUAUUUACUUCCAUCAACUUCACAAAUAUUUGAAGAAAAUGUGGAAAAAUCGAGAAAAGAGGAAUUGACCCAAAUGAGUCAAUUAAAUUUUGAAAGAUUUGUUGAUAAUCUUCAAAAGGCAAUAAUAGCUGAUGCAAUUUUUGAUCUUUACAUUCUUUGGAGUCGAGAUAAACAAAGUAUUUUACAUUCCAAUAUUGCGGCAACAGCACCUUCACUUCCAUCCCCAUCAACUAUUUCUUCGCCAAAACCAAUAAAAUCACCUCCUCGUGCUUUAAGAGCUGCUUCAAUUGCUGUUACUCAACCACCUCCUAAACCCCAAAAAGGAAUUCUUAGAAGAGCGGCAUCUUCGUUUAGAAAGAAGCGUUCCAAACCCCCAGAAGAACAACAACAAAAUUUGGAAUAUAUGACAACAACACCAGCAACAACGUCAAAUAUAGAGAUGAAUAGAAGUAGCAGUAUAUCUAGAUCGGAUACUCUGGAUAAUAUUCCAACAACUUCAAAUAGUCUUCCAACAAGUCCAAGAUUAGAUGAAUCCAAUAAUAGAGAAUCUGCAAGUAGAGAGCCUAGUAGAGAACCUGUUAAUUUUUGGAGUGAGCCGAGAAGUGUUGUUUUACAGAGGCAUCCAAAUGAGACAUUUGGUAUUAGCAUUGUUGGAGGCCGUGUAGAAGUUAGUCAAAAAGGAAUUGAAAUGGCUACAACAUCAACUCUCGGUUCUUCUUCUUCCCCAGCAUUGUCUAGUACCGUUUCUGGCAUCUUCAUCAAAUCAGUUAUUGCCGAUUCCCCGGCUGGACGGUGUGGAAAACUUUUUAUGGGGGAUAGACUACUUAAAGUAAAUGAAAUAGAUUUGUUAAAUACAACACAUGAAAAUGCUGUCCAAGCAAUUAAAAAUGCUUCAAAUCCUGUCUGUUUUGUUGUGCAGUCUUUACAAUCUUUGCAAACAUUUGUUGCUAGAGAGAAGGAGAAUUCAAAGAAAGCUUCACUAACUUCAAUAAUCAGUGAAGGCCAAACAUCACUAUCCAUUCCCCCAUCUCCCGCUAUUGUUGAAAUAGAUUCAGCAAGUGCCGCAGCCUUAGAAAAGGAUGGAGAGGAUGAGGAAGUAGAGGAUAUAUUUCAUUAUACUAAAAGAAAGGUGCUAAAGAAGUAUUCUGAUUUGCCGGGAAAACCUGUACUAAUACGUAUGCCAAAUAUUCCCCCUGGGGGUCUUGGACUUAUCCUUUCUACAAGGCGAGAUGAGGGUGCCAAUCGUCCCCCAGUUAUCGUUGUUGGUGUCAAAUCAGAUUCUCCUCUUUCACUAAAAGUUGGUGACGAAUUACUUGAGAUUAAUGGACUUGUUCUUUUUGGCCUAAGCCAUUUAGAAGCAACAGAAAAAAUUAGAAAAUGUUGUCAACAUAGCAGUUUAUCAUUACUAGUUUUGAGAAAAGAGGAAGAAGCAACAAAAGAAGUUCAACAACAAUCAACAGAAAAAGAAUCAACCUCUACUACAACAAUAGAGACUGUUGUGAAUACAAAUCUAGAUAACGCCCCAAUAUCCCCAGAAAAGGAAUAUACAAGUGAAAGCGAAUGCGAAUUAGGUGCUAGAACAAUAGUCUCAGAAAUUCUUGCAAGGCAACAACAACAAAUACCUGAAGUGAAAAUUGAAUCGGUGGGUUAUCUUACUAUGAUUUAUGAAAAAAAAAUUUUUGUACGAAAAAAUCUGUCCGCAAAAUAAUUGUCCACUUAAAUUAUCCACAAAAAAUUCGCCAAAAAUAUCCGAAAGAAUUUUUUGUCCACAA